AAGACUAAGCGCUGUGACAUUUCGGAUAUUUUACACUUAUUAUAUGUAUAUCUUUUAUUUUAUUUCCAUAUGUACAGUAUGUUUGGAGACCUUAUGGUGGUCAAACUAUUCAAAAUGGCACCCGACCCAACAAAACAAAAUUUAUUACAAGAAAGCACAAGUACAUAAGUUAAAUUAGUCAUAUGAUGAUCGAAUGACAAUUGGAUCCAGCCUAGAUUCUCAAGGUCGAACCAUGUUUGAUGAGGUUUGAAAACUCACCAAGUGUUCAAGCUGGAAUUUCCAGCCUCCAUCAAGGAUUGACCGAUCCUCGAUCAGUCCUUCGAAUUGUCUCAUAAUUUCUCAAUAAUUAAUUAUCAUUGAUAAUUCCUUGAAGUAUUUUAGUGGAAUAUAAUCGGGUUUAUUGAGGUAUGUUAUUUAUGAACCUAAUAAUUAUAUCAGCUGAAUUGAAUAUUUAUGUCUGAUUUUGAAUGAGUCUUGGAGUCUUGAACAAUGAAAAGCUUCAUUCUAUCCUGGAACCUUCAGCCGUGAAGAAUAUGACCCUUUCAAGAUUGGAUUGUGGUUCGAAGAGGCAUAUAGGGCUCAAGUUGGGUCAUUAUAGGAUUGAACGAUGGAAUCAAGAUUGCUGCCACGCUGGGUGUCUCAAGCUCCAUCUCCAAUCCUGGAUCUACCUUGUUUCCGUCGUCAGGAUGGGUAUUUCUCAGUUGGGCAGCUUGCUGGCAGACCUGGAUAUUUCCAAGACCGAAGAGACCCAGUAGGGGUUUCGUGGAUUUGUCUGGAAACCAUGACCCACGACGUUGUUUCAUAUACACAUCGCCCAUCAAAACAGGUUCUCAGUUAAGUAAUCUUCAAUGGUUCACAUAAAUUUAAGUCAAAACCUUCUGCCUGAGAGCAUAAUUUCCCAUGAAAUUAGUUCUAGUUUAUUUUCCAUGUGUACCCUUGCAGAUUUUUACAUUUCGUUCCCAUCCCUCAUUCCUAUUCUCAUUAAAUUAUUAGAUGAUUUAUUCUAUAAAUCAUGCAUUUCAUCCUCAAUGUUUCAGAAAUUUGGACUGAAAUUUUUCCUGAUCCUAAUUUAUUCCUGAUACAAAUCGACAUUCUUCAGAUCCAUCACUGACCCCCGAGAAGUAUUUGGGAUUACCAUAUGGAACAGGAAACCAUCUUCCCAUCUCUUUUAGUUAUUCACGUUCGUUUUACUUUUCCUUCUCCAUCUCGUGGUUUCUCAUUUCUUUUGGGGGCUGACAGCUCGUAUUUUUUAUCCGUGGACCAGUCAAGGAACACCUAAGAAAGUUCUAAAAGACUAAGAACGCAAAUAAAUUAACUUGUUCCCAUGAUAGUUCAGGCGUCAUAGAAUAAAAUUUAGGGAAUAAUUCAAGAACAACACUAGAAAUUUGGAGAAAUGUUAAGAUCAUUCGAAGAAGUUGAAGAGAAUUUUUGCAGCAUUCGAGAGAACUCACGAAAAUGGGAGCAAUUUUAAGGGAAUAUGAUUAUUUAGAGGAAUUCCUAGAAAACUGUUGUAAAUUUCGAACCACUAGACAAGUCUAUGGAAGGUUCGAGAAAUUUAAAAAUUUAAACAAUAUUUUAAAAAGUUACAAGGCGAGUUCGAAAUCGCAAUUUCGCUUUUAAAUAUGUUAAAUUACGUUUUAGAACUCGUUGUUUACGUUUUCAAACUCGUAAUUUCCGUUUUUUAAUGCGUAAUGUACAUUUCCGAAAUCGUAAUUAACAUGUUUGUAAACCUCGUAAAUUACGUUCUAAAUCUCGUAUAUUAGAAUUAGUUUUUUCUGUGUGUAAUGUUUCAAAAUUUCGAGAGCAUAAGAAAAUCUUUCUAAUGCAAUUAUUCGGUCGGUUCAAUUCCUCUGAAUUUAGGAUCGCAAAAAAUAAUGGAAUAAAAAUUUCUUUAUCUGCUCCCGAAUUCGAAAUAUUCAUUGAAAACUGGUCAAUCUUCAGCGACUCAAAUUGUUCUACCCCUCCACUUCGAAAUUCCUUCCUUUACCUUUUCAAUUAAGUUAGUAAUCACAGAAUUAAUUUUAAUCCAUUCGUUCUCCAUGUGUACACUAUAUUAUAAGAUAAGAGAUGUGUCUGCUCUCUUCAAAUGGGGAAAAACUGGCAUAUUUUUAUUUCUUGUUGUCUCAAGCAUCUAAAUUUAUUCAUGAUAGGUAUCAGUGAUAUUCCCCAGACUGACUCCAGAAAGCCACGAGAAAUUAACAUAUGCAGCAGAAAGCCCGACGUUAGCAAUACUCCUUUCUCUCCUCUCUCUCUUCUUCUUCUUCUUUUAUUAUUCCACUUCCUUUUAUUUUUCUCGUCUUUUCUCACCUCGUCGUUUCUAAUUCCAACUGGAGGCUAUCAGCUUCAGUUGCUGCUCGUCUUGAGACCGGUAAAGACCUCUGCAAUCUCCCGAAAGUUGAUAAAAUCACUAAACUAACAGUCAACUUACAAAAAACACUCAAUUUUCUCGAUUAAUUACCUUUCAUGUGUUUUAUCGAUGGUAAAAAUGUCCACAUUCGUCAAUAAAUGUUUUGUGCUCGGUGGAAAAGUGCAACGAGUGUAUAUGUCAAAAAUUUUCCGCGAGAAAUUUGAAUUUUCAAACAAUGGACAACUACUUUCGACGAAUUUGCGGACUGCUGAGAAAUUAGAGAUUCCAAAUUGUCCGAAACCCACGUUCAUAGAAAAUCUGAAGGGUCUGGUGUGUUGGGACAAAGCUCAGCGACUCCACGAAUUUGUCGAUGAACAGCAUCGGAUCAUGGGACCAAUAUUUCGAAUGCACAUCGGAGCGGUGACUGCAAUAUUUGUUAAUUCACCGGAGGCCUACCAGAGAAUUUUUAAAUUUGAGGGACCAACACCCCAAAAUUUUGUACCCGAGGCCUGGACACUCUACAACGAAAUGAGAAAGUGUCCCAGGGGAUUACUGUUCAUGAGUGGAGAAGAAUGGCUGAAUAACCGCCGAAUACUCAACAAACUUUUCCUGAAACCCUGGACCGCCAAGGAUUUGAUGAUCGAUUGCUGUGAAAAAGCAGCGAUGAGUUUAUGCAAUGAAUGGAAACAGUUUGCUGACGCGGGGAAUACAGUUCCGGAUCUCGAGCAGAGGCUCUACUUGUGGUCAAUAAAAGUUAUAGUGUCAACGUUAAUGGGAACCACCUGGGACCGUCAUGAAGAUGAACUGACCAGUGAUUUGAAUAUUCUAGCUGAAAAUCUGCACGAGGUUUUCAUUCAGAGUGCAAAGCUCUCGGUCCUACCCACUAAAUUAGCUGUCAAAUUUCAACUCCCGGUUUGGAGGAAAUUCACCAGGGUCAUGGACACAUCCACAAACGUCGCCAGAAAGUUAGUUCUCCGGAUAGGAAAGGUUUCCAAUAAUGGCCUCUUGGAUUUAAUGAGAGAUUCGGCGAUUCAAGAUGAAUAUCUCGUCAGAAUCAUCACUGAUUUGAUUAUCGCCGCUGGAGAUACAACGGCGUAUUCGACCCAAUGGGCUCUUUAUCUCCUCGCAACCCAUGCCGAGGUUCAAGAGAGGAUAUUCAAUAUUUCUAUGUCGAAUACCUCUCAGGAUAUAAUUGACCAUUCGUAUAUGAAGGGAGUUUUCAGAGAAUCAUUAAGGCUUUAUCCGACAGCACCCUUUCUGAUGAGAAGUUUGCCCCUGGAUAGCAUCAUCGAGGGCUACUCCAUCGCUAAAGGGGAACUGAUGAUUAUGUCUCUGUAUUCAAGUGGAAGAGAUAACGACAACUUCCCCCAGGCGAAUGAAUUCUCUCCUCAACGGUGGACAAGGGACUCCAAAAAUAAAUACGAAAAUGUAAUAAAUCCACUGGGAACUUUACCGUUCGCCGCUGGAGCGCGAAGCUGCAUCGGUAGAAAAUUGGCUGAGGCUCAGAUGACCUUGGCGAUAUCUCAGCUUAUAAAGACCUUCAGGAUCACCUGUGAUAAUGCAGAAAAUAUAAAAAUGAUACUUCAUCUGAUAUCGGUACCAUCAGAGCCAGUGAAGCUGCGAUUGAUGACACGAAAUUAGAAAAAAUACUUCACAAAAUUUUAACCAAAUAAUUAUUAUAAUUUGCUCAAUGAAUGUACAUCAAAUAGAAAAAAAUAUACACUUUGUGGUUGAA